UUACAGAGCUUCAUCUGUCCAGAGGCGUAUGGGUGGAGAGACUCUCAAAUAUGUGCGUGUUCAGAUCUCAGACGCUCACAGUGGCGUGGAGAAGAUGUUUAUCAGCGCUGGACGUUGUACCCGAAGCCUUUCUGAGUGUCUGAACGCAUGCAGACGGAGAGAAGAACGACAGAAGUGAAUAAAACAAACAUGGAGAGCAGAAGAUCGAGGAGCACAGGGUGAGAGAGUAUGGAGGCAGGCUUCUAGCUGAAUGCACGGACUGAAGGGUGAGAUGAAUCUGCUGCGCAGCUGCAGGAAGAGGACGAGUGCGUGUCGUCUGCUGCUGCGCAUGUGUCUGCUGCUGUCUCUGCUCUGCGUCUGCGCUCACGUCUACAUACAGCUCGAGGGUCUGCGUCUCCAGAAACAGAGCCAGCAUCACAGGACCGUCGCCACGGCAACAGAUGCUGCAGCUGAUGCUGGAUCCACCUGCUGCUUAGCACUGAAUCAUCACAGACGGGUCUCUAGAUGGAAGAUCUGGCUGGAGCCGUGGGCCACUGAGACUCGAGGUCUACAGGAGGAAGCGGAUCGGUUCCUCAGAUACAUCUCCACUCCGCAGCUGUCCUGCCAGAGACCCGCGUCUGUGCCGCCCGUCUUUGACGCAGAGCAUCAUGGGUCGUGGCUUCUGUGUUUGGACCGCAGGUUCAGUCUGGCACAGCGCAUCGUGUCCAAACACUGCCGCGUCUAUUCGCUCAGGCUGGGAGCGGAGGAUGAUGCUCUGGAGCGCUUGUUGGCCGGCUCCGGCUGUGAGGUUCACUGUUUUGACCCCAGCAUCAGACGAGCUCAUCUGCAGGAAGAUAACAUGUGGCUCCAUCGCCUCUCUGUGGACUGGAGGGACCCGAACCCCGCCGUCCCCAUCCAGAGACUCCACAGCGGCUCCAAGAAACUCGCCGCCAUCCUCAGCCACUUCGGACACAGACAGGUGGAUGUGCUGAAGGUGGAUCUGGAAAGCGCGGAGUGGAAGAUCCUGGAGAACCUGAUCCUGGAGCAGGUGCUGGACUCGGUCGGUCUGCUGCUGCUGGAGCUGCACCUGCAGUGGGCGGGGUUUGAGGUGGGCGGGGACGAGCCCUCGGUGGUCCGCUAUUGGUUCAGUCUGCUGAGGGAGCUGGAGCGCGCUCACUUCCGCCUCUACCACAGCUACAGCGACCCGAGCAAGCCACGCCUCUUCCUGCACAGAAACCUCCGCAACACCAGCAGCUCCUUCACACUGGGCUGGGUCAACACACGCUUCACGCUUUGAAUAAUGCAGUUAUGCCUCCUCUUACACGCCUACAUGCCACUUCAGAAGCGCUUCUGUGCCACAUGUACAGCGUAAAUCUGCCACAAGUCUAUGAGGAUGUGAGAACAUGUUAUAUGUGACCCUGGAGCACAAAACCAGA